GACAUCCCCAAGACAUACAUAGUUAAGCGCACCGCGGCUGAACACAACGUCACCACAAGCUCUAGCUCCUGCACCAUAAACCACCCUCAGUACCACCGAUAAUAAAGCAGAGCCUCUCGGCCGUUUGACUGCACUCCCAUCAUAUCAUGAACUCGUUCCGAGUAUUCACACAACGGCUGCGGCCAGCACUCAACGCCACCAUGUCGACACAAGAACUUGUAAGCGCGUACGGACCGACCGUGUUCAAGGGCAUCGCAGUGGCUGGCAUAGGAGGGGCCGUCCUCUCGCGACUGAUGAUGAGAACGGCAGACGCCGACUCGGGAGAGCCCAAGAAGAUAUUCCCACGGCCAGGCCCGUCAUUCACCAGGCUCACGCUCGAGAAAUCCGAGGAUGUCAACCAGAACACCAAAAGGCUGCGGUUCUCACUGCCGGAUAACGCCACCACGGGGCUCCCGCUGACAUCCGCGCUGCUCACGUUCGCCGUCCCCAAGGGCAGCUACCUCCCGGUCCUGCGGCCGUACACGCCCAUCACGCCCGCGGACACGCAGGGCCACAUGGACCUCCUGGUGAAGCGGUACCCGCAGGGCAAGCAGUCGACGCACCUGCACUCGCUCAGCCCGGGCGACAGCGUCAUGUUCGCGGUGUGCAUCCCGGGGUACAAGUGGGCGCCCAACAAGCACAGGUCGGUGACGCUCAUCGCGGGCGGCGCGGGCAUCACCCCGAUCUACCAGCUGGUGCAGGGGAUCCUCGGCAACCCGGAGGACAGGACCAAGAUCACGCUCGUGUUCGGCGUCAACAGCGAGCAGGACGUGCUCCUCGACGAGGAGUUCAAGCGGUACGAGGCGAGCCACCCGGGCCAGUUCAGGGCCGUGUAUGCGGUCAGCGGCCUCAAGGGGGAGAGCGAGCGCUACAGGAAGGGCUAUGUCACCGAGGCGCUGCUGAGGGAGGUCGCCGCGCCGGCGUCGGAGGAGAACACCAAGGUUAUGGUGUGUGGCCCGCCCGCGAUGGAGGAGGCGCUGCUGGGGAAGAAGGGCUGGGGCGGUGGCAAGGGCGGUGGGAUUCUUGAGAAGCUGGGCUACCGGAAGGACCAGAUCCACCAGUUCUAGGCUGGGCUGGGGCAUGGAAACUUGUAUUUGUAUUGAGAAGAGCAUUAUUUGUGGCUUAUUAGAGAAUGUACACCUGGGCAGGCGUUGACAGGCGGCAAUACUUUGUGUUGGCGUGGCUCGAGCUUCCACAAUUCCUGCAACCUUGGCAGCCCUUGAGCUGAGGCUGCGCGUCGCACUUAACUCUUCUGAAUUCGACGUCAACAACAGCCGCCUCGACAUUCCGAGCCUCUUCACUCUCAGGCUUUACCGCACAUCAUUCUUGCUGUCAAGUGAAUUCUCUUUUAUGGUGAAACUCACCUAACGUUUUCUCAGCCCCGCCUAGCUCCC